GACAUUAUCACGGUCAGAUGGCGUAGCCCAACGUGUCCUGUAUUGACCUCAGCUUUAACUUGGGGUCGUUUUACACUCAAAACGUCAUCUCGUUCCACCUUGCAUGCAUUUCUUGCUUCCCUGGGACAAUGCAUUUCGUCGGGAGGUUAGAUCUCCAUGGUACCGGAGAGCUCCGGACCAGUUGCCCUGCCCAUUAUCUUUGAGUGUUAAAUCUAUAAAAAUAAAACUGAACUCAACAAUUAUUCAUUGAUUCCAGAUUUGAAGCUUUCGUGACUGCAAGGAUCCACACUCUUUGGUUCUAUUCGGUAAAGUCGCGCAGAAAUCAAGCCUCGUGUGUAGCCGUCGCGACAUCUGCUUCUCAAGCGGGAAAACCAUGGACAAAUCACUGCUGCUGCUGCUGUCCAUCCUGCUGCCGCACGCCCUGUGCCAAAACGCAUCGGUGGUGCCAUCAACUCCACAGGUGGCCACGACAACACCGUACACCGAUACGACCAUAACGACGACAACAGCGCCACUCGACGUAGUCCACUUCUACGACGGCAGCGGCACCAUCGCUUCGUCCGACUACACGCCGAGCGGCCACGCCGUCGCGUACUCGUUCGUCAUCCACACCGUGGCGCCGUACGUCAUCAAGGUCAAGUUCGUGUGGCUCAGCCUCAGGAACCUGUCGUCCUGCCUGAACGAGAGCCUCACGGUGCUGGACGGUGAGCCCGGCAGCGGUAGGGGUGACCCAGAGACCCUGGCCGUGCUGUGCGGCACGGGGCGCGGCUCCGUGCCUCCGCACAGCCUCAAGUCGACGGGGCAGAGCCUCACCCUGGUGCUCAACUCCACGGAGCCCCUGCAAGGUCGCGGAUUCAACAUCAGCUACCUGUACGUUGCUGCGACACGGACCAAUCAAGACUGCGGAGUGGAGACGGGGGGGUGGACGAAUCCGUGGUCCGCGAAGCUCUACCUGGGAGCGAACAAUCCUGUGUGCGAAGCCGCUCUCAUCAGCCCACAGUGGCUCAUCACCACUGCGUCGUGUUUCAAUAACAGGUCGCUGAUUCCGGGCGACUGGCUCGCCCAGUUCAACAACAACACCAGCAGCGGCCUCGUGAGCAUCGCUCGGCACCCCAAGUUCAACGCCUCCACGUGGGACUAUGAUGUGGCCCUGGUGCGCCUGCUCAUCAGCUUCAGCCCGUCAGACCACAUACGGCCCGCGUGCCUGCCCCACCGUCUCCAGCUGGUGCCUCUGCCGGGAAAAUCCUGCUCGGUCAUAAGUAGCAAUUCUGGCUACGCCAUUGCAAACCGCGUGAGCAUCAUGGAGCAGAGUGAAUGCCAGGUCGUGUUCAACGCCACGGUGACCAGCAGAAAUCUCUGUGCCUCCUACAACAUCUGCGGGGACCACACCUCGCCACUGCUGUGCAAGGAGGUGGACGGGCGCCAGUACGUGACGGGCGUGGGCGGCCGUGGCUCCUGCGGUCCGGCGUCUCUGCUCAACAGGGUCUGGAGGGUCCUGAGCUUCAUCAACCAAACCACUUACGGAUAUUAAUGACGUCUUCAGAUAAGCACUCGGGUUAUACAGUGAGGGAGGGAGGGUGGGUAGGGGAGGGGAGGGAGCGAGGGGGGAGUGAGGGAGUCUGUGUCUCUCUCAUCAUCAUAGUGGCUAGGAGAUGUUAACUGCGUCGCCGGUUAUACGGAGGUCAUCCAGACCCUGACGAUGCCUGCUGCUGUAUAUUUGGAGUCUGCGUCUCUCUC